AUGGAAGACAGCAACAAGUAUUGUUCCGGCGGCCCUUGUUCCGGGAGCAAUAUGACGAAGAAGUCAGAUAGUCAUACGAAUUGUUUGAGUAAAUAUGUCAUGCCUGGAAGUGAACUUUGGACAGAGGGCCUUAUCUGUGCUUUUGAGUUCAUUAAUAUUCGAGGACGAAAUAAACCAAGCAGUUUGAAAUCUAGUGAUAGGAAUAAGUCCCUAAGUGGUGCUCAUGAUGGCGAAAGAGAGUGUAGUCAUUGGGUGCCAAUUGGGUGGGCUAGAAUUUCAGAAAUCGUCCAAACUGUGCAAGCUGAUACACAACAGUUUGGCAUUGAUGAUGAAGAUGACUACUUCACUGUUGCAGACUUAGCAGCUCGCCCUGUUUGGUGGUGCCAUGUCCUUGCAGGUCACCCCUCAGUUGAUGCUUGGCUCCGUAAUGCCCACUGGCUACAUCCUGCUGUCAGUUUAGCUUUAACAGAUGAAAAUCUACUGAUUAGUGACAGGAUGAAACACCUUUUGUAUGAGGUCCCAGUUAGAGUUUCUGGGGGGUUGUUAUUUGAGCUCUUGGGGUACUCAUUUGGUGUUCCAUUUGUCGACGAGAAUGAUAUUCCCAUUGUACUUCGUUCCUGGCAAGCCCAAAACUUCCUUGUAACUGUUUUGCAUAUCAAAGGGCCUAUAUCAAGUAUAAAUGUGUUGGGCAUCAAAGAAGUUGAGGAACUUCUUUCCGCUGGAGGCUAUAAUGUACCUAGAACAGUGCAUGAAGUCAUAGCACAUCUUACUAGCCGCCUUGCUCGAUGGGAUGAUAGGCUAUUCCGCAAGUCCAUAUUUGGUGCCGUAGAUGAGUUUGAAUUGAAGUUUAUGAACAUGAGAAACCAUGAAGAGAUAAAUCUUUUUAGCAUAAUUCUCAACCAAGAAAUCAGAGAGUUAUCAAAACAGGUCAUCAGAGUAAAGUGGUCACUUCAUGCAAGAGAGGAGAUUCUGUUUGAGCUUCUUGAACAUUUGAGAGGAAAUACAACAAGAAGUUUGUUGGAGAAAAUAAGAAAGAGCACAAGAGAAAUGAUUGAGGAGCAAGAAAAAGUUAGUGGCCGCUUAUUUACAGUUCAAGAUGUGAUGCAGAGCACUGUUCGUGCAUGGUUGCAGGACAGAAGCCUUAGAGUGACACAUAAUCUUGGUGUUUUUGGUGGCUGUGGCCUUGUAAUUUCCAUCAUCACUGGACUUUUUGGAAUCAAUGUUGAUGGAAUGCCUGGAGCAAAAAAUGCACCAUAUGCCUUCGCUGUAUUUUCAGCCAUUCUCUUCUUUAUUGGAUUCGUGCUUAUUCGACUCGGCAACCUUUACCUUGGGUUGAAAAAGCCUAUUUCCGAAAAGCAAGUUGAAGCUAGAAAGUCAGAGCUUCAAGAGUUGGUUCAGAAGUUUCAGCACGAGGCAGAGACUCAUGCCCUGGUUCGUAAAAAUGUGGCUAGGAAUAAUUUACCCCCAACAAUGGGAGAUGCAUAUCCUCAUUGA